AUGGCGAAGUUUCUAAGCUUUUACAAUCGAAGCUUGAACGCUCGGCCAUUGCUUACUAAGUCAAUCUCAACAUUUUGCACUGUAGGAUUAGGAGAUGCUUUAAGCCAGUAUAUAGAAAGCAAGAUUCAUAAUAGGCCUUUUAUACAAAAUUUUGAUUUCACCAGAUAUCUAAAGCUCAGCUUAUUUGGAGGAUUCUAUCUAGGCCCGAUUCUUCAUAACUGGUAUGGGCUUCUUGCAGUAUUAUUCCCUCAAAAAGGUGUUGUUUCGACAGUAAAAAAGGUUUUUCUAGACCAAACUCUUUUCUCAUCGUUUGUUAUAUGUUCCUUUUUUACCGCUGUGCCACUAAUGAAUAAUGCAGGUUUAUCUGCAGGCGUCACUAAAAUAAAAGAAGAUUUCUGGGAAGCUCUCAAAAUGAACUGGAGAAUUUGGCCACUUGCGAUGGUUAUCAAUUUCAAUUUUGUCCCUUUGCACUUCCAAGUACUUUUUGUUAAUUUCGUUGCGCUUUUUUGGAACUCUUAUUUGUCAUAUGUGACAAAUUUAAAGAAAUAG